UGAUUUGUAGUGAAAAACAAACCACUCAUUCUUAGCUUAAACUCCAUUCUUUUUUUUUUUUGUCUUCUUGUUUAAGCUCCAAACUUUGAGGUCAGCAUUUUAUUAUUGGUAAUUCAGUUUUAAUUUGGAGUCUAAUAAUUUUUAUUUUAAUGCUCACUGCUUUCUUUUUCUCAUUUCUAAAAUGGGGUUUUGAAUUUUGAUUUUCUUGGUUUUUUCUGCUCUCUUUUUUUGGUUGCUAUUGCUUUCACUUGUAAACAAAAAUAUCUAUAAGGUUGUGGAUAAUUUUUGUUAUACAAGAAAAGAAAAACAAUUCUUACCUUUCACGGGACACUGGUAAUUUGUAUUGACUUAAUAGUCAACAUUUUUUAUUCAUUGAUUGCUAUAUAUUGGCGUGGUUCGUUUUGCUUUCUCUUAUUAUUCUAAAAAAAAAAAAAGAUUGUUUUUUUUUCUUCAGUAUUGAGCUCAGUAUGAAGUCUUUUGUUCUUUAAAGGUACAAAUUUUAUUGAAUUUUGAGCUUAGAGUUGAGUUUUUCUUGAAAGUUUCCAUCCUUUUUUAGUUCAUAGUAGUUCACUAUUUUGAUUAAAAUGAAGUCUUUAGUGUUCUUGAAUAUUUGGGGAUUGGUUAUUUGUUCUAUGUUAUGUGGGGUUGUUGUGAGUAAGGAGUGUACUAAUAUUCCUACUCAAUUAUCAUCACAUACUCUAAGAUAUGAGUUAUUAUCUUCAAAAAAUGAAUCUUGGAAAGAAGAAAUGUUUUCACAUUACCAUUUGACUCCUACCGAUGAUUCGGCUUGGUCUAAAUUGCAUCCAAGAAAAAUGCUUAAGGAGGAAGAAAAAUUUGAUUGGGCUAUGAUGUAUAGAAAUAUAAAGAAUUCUGAUGGUGUUAAAGGGAUUGAUGGUAUAUUGAGUGAAGUUUCACUUCAUGAUGUGAGAAUUGAACCAAAUUCAAUGCAUGGAAGAGCACAAAAGACUAAUUUAGAGUACUUGAUGAUGUUGGAUGUUGAUAAGUUGGUAUGGAGUUUUAGGAAAACUGCUGGUUUGGAUACUCCUGGUGAUCCAUAUGGAGGUUGGGAGGCUCCAAAUGGCGAGCUUCGCGGUCAUUUUGUUGGUCAUUACCUUAGUGCUUCGGCACAGAUGUGGGCUAGCACACAUAAUGAAAGCCUCAAACAGAAAAUGUCUGCUGUUGUUUCUGCACUUUCUAUCUGUCAAGAAAAAAUGGGCUCAGGCUAUCUAUCCGCUUUCCCGUCCGAGCUUUUCGACCGAUUCGAAGCUAUAAAACCAGUAUGGGCACCAUACUACACAAUUCACAAGAUAAUGGCAGGGCUUUUGGACCAGUAUAUGAUAGCUGGUAAUGAUCAAGCUUUGAAAAUGACUACAUGGAUGGCCGAAUACUUCUACAAUCGAGUGCAAAAUGUGAUAACUAAGUAUACUAUUGAAAGACACUGGCGAUCGUUAAAUGAAGAAACUGGUGGCAUGAAUGAUGUUCUUUAUAGGUUAUACACUGUAACGGGCGAUGCAAAGCAUUUAAUGCUGGCUCAUCUUUUCGACAAACCGUGCUUCCUAGGGCCCUUAGCUUUGAAGGCUGACGAUAUAUCAGGUUUUCAUGCCAAUACACACAUACCUAUUGUCGUUGGGACUCAACUGCGGUAUGAAGUUACUGGGGAUCCCCUAUACAAGGAAAUUGGGACGUACUUUAUGGAUAUCGUGAAUUCUUCCCACAGCUAUGCAACUGGUGGGACAUCAGUUGGCGAGUUUUGGUCCGAUCCAAAGCGAUUGGCAAGCACACUACAGACCGAGAAUGAGGAAUCCUGUACGACCUAUAACAUGCUGAAGGUUUCUCGACACCUGUUCAGAUGGACCAAAGAAAUGGCAUAUGCUGAUUACUAUGAACGCGCGUUAACAAACGGUGUACUCAGCAUCCAGAGGGGAACAGAUCCUGGAGUUAUGAUAUAUAUGCUUCCUCUUGCUCGUGGCGGUUCCAAGGCUCGUAGCGGCCACGGAUGGGGAAAACAGUUCACUGACUUUUGGUGCUGCUACGGGACAGGAAUUGAAUCGUUCGCCAAGUUGGGAGAUUCAAUAUAUUUCGAACAGAAAGGGAACUCUCCAGGCCUUUAUAUUAUCCAGUAUAUACCUAGCUCUUUUAAUUGGAAGUCUGGGCAGGUCUCAGUAAGUCAGAAAAUCGAGCCUGUUGUUUCGUGGGAUAAUAGCCUCCAUGUAACAAUUACAAUAUCUUCAAACGGGCACUCAAGUGGUGUAUCUUCUACGUUGAACUUGAGAAUACCGAGCUGGACACAUUCAAGUGGCGCAAAGGCAACCAUAAACGGAAAGGAUUUGUCUCUACCAACACCAGGUAACUUCCUAACUAUCACCAAAAAUUGGGGCCAAGGCGACAAAAUCACUCUCGAGUUACUCAUGGUUCUUAGAACCGAGGCCAUAAAAGAUGACCGACCUGAGUAUGCAUCCCUUCAAGCAAUUCUUUAUGGUCCAUACCUUCUUGCUGGCCAUUCAAGUGGUGAUUGGGACAUCGAAACAAAAUCAACCACUUCUCUUUCAGACUUGAUAACUCCCGUUCCAGCCGACUAUAAUUCUGAUUUAAUAUCUCUUACGCAACAAUCUGGUGAUGCAACAUUUGUUCUUACCAGCUCCAAUCAGUCAAUUCAAAUGGAGAAGUUCCCUGAAACCGGAACAGAUGUUGCUGUUAGCGCUACAUUCAGACUCGUUUCACUCGACAAAUCAUCCGUCAAACCUUCAGAACAUAAAGAUCUCAUUGGUAAACAGGUCCUGUUAGAGCUCUUUGAUCUCCCUGGAAUGUUCAUAUCUCAGCAAGGCCAAGAACAAAGUCUCGGGGUCGCAGGAUCCUCGGAUGAUGGCGGUUCUUUAUUCCGUUUGACAGCUGGAUUGGACGGGAAAGACGAUACAGUUUCUCUCGAGUCUGAAGCACAGAAAGGCUGUUUCAUCUAUAGUGGUGUGGACUACAAAUCAAGUUCAAGUGUCAAGCUUAGCUGCAAUUCGAAGUCAUUGGAUGAUGGUUUCAAACAGGCAGCAAGUUUUAUAUUGGGAAAUGGCAUUAGUGAGUAUCAUCCUAUCAGUUUCGUGGCGAAAGGGGCAAAGAGAAACUUUAUUUUGUCACCAUUACUUAGCUUUAGAGAUGAAUCUUAUACUGUGUAUUUCAACAUUCAAUCAUAGAAUGGUAGCCAGGAAGGGGGUUAGUGUUGUUCCAGAUGACAAUAAAAUCAGAUAUGUGAAAAGUGUUUGUCUAGUAUUUA